UCUUUCUUUCUCUCUCCAGCUUCAUCGUCCAACAUCCACUCUAUAUAGUCUGCGUAGACCGCACCCACACUCUUUUGUACACCACCACCCCUCGCCAGCACACCCCUACCACCGACCACCACCGCAAAUCCCUUUCAUCUAAACCCUCAUGCCCGCCAACUUUCUCGGCCGUAUUGGCCUUGCCGGUGGGCCCUCCCACUCUGAUAUCAUCCACCGUCAAAUGGAAAAGCGAGCCUGCGACCUUUCCAACGGCGACCUUUACCUCUACCCCAACUCUUCCUCCACCAUCGACGCCACCCAGGCCCUCACCUUCAAGUGGAACACUGGCUGUACCGUCGCGACUGACACUAUUGACCUUUCCCUCUACUAUGCUGGGGGUCUCAUCCACAAAUGGAUGGGCAGGCCGUUCAGUGAUGGCGAGUACCAAGUGACGCUGCAGCCCAAGUGGUGGAACGACACGUCCACUGCCGAGUUGCAGAUGAGCAUUACCGACCACGGUGCUGAAAGCUGGGAUACUUCGUCCCCCGCUGGUCCCUACUUUACCGUCAACUAUGCCACCUCGGCCAUGUACUCUACCACCACCUCCAACGGCCAGGCCGUCACCUCCACCCUCGCCGCCGCUGCCACCCAAUCCAAAGACACCGUCUUUGAAGACGUCUCCAACACCAACUCUGGCGACAAGAGCAGCAUCUCCAAGGGCGCCAUCGCCGCUGCCGUCGUCGUCCCCUUCGUCGUGAUCGCCGUCAUCAUCGGUGUCGCUGUCAGGUUCUGGCGUUUGCGCGAGGCGGAGAAGCGAAAGAGGUGGUCCCAGGCCUUGUCGACGCAUUCGAAUCUCGAAUGGGAGAAGGGUGCCCUGCCCGGCGAGAAGGGCCGAGCUUCCAUGGGCGGCCGGCCUUCUAUGGGUGGUCGUCCCUCGAUGGGCGGACGCACGUCCAUGGGUACCCGACCCAGCAUGUCUUCGUACGGUAACCGUCCCGCCGACUCUCUCUACGGCCUCGAAAACAACAUGGCCGGUGCCGGCGCCUCCGGCGGCGCCUUCUUCCGCCCCGAAAUGGCUGGCCUCCGCUCUGCUUCUGCCGACAACCUCUCCACCUCUCGUUCGUCCGUCGUCAUGCCCGACGGUCAAGUCAGGCAGUCCCGUAUCUCGUUUGCCGAACACGCGCGUCCUGACCGUCGUUCCCGUGCUUCCCUGGGGGGCGAUAUCAGGCCUUCGUCCGUGUUUAGACUACCGGGCGCGUCCAAGAGCGCGAAUGACUUGGCUGGUAUGAACACCAAGCUCGCUUACGCUACUGGUUCUGCCCUCGACGAUGAGGAGGAGCACAUCUCGGUGUCGCCUUCGCAGAAGGAAGGUCCCCUCGGCUUUGGCGAUAACGACAUGCGCCGCGUCGCCUCUGGCCAACGUACCGGCCGACGCUCAUUCCUCUCCAUCGGCGGGUCCAACGACAAACGUCAAUCCGUCGCAUCCGCCCUCUCUGGGGACGACUUCAAGUCUGCCGCUUCCGCCCGCGGGUCGGUGGAUGAAUUGAGGGAUAUGGAAAACAUGGUCCUGCACCGUAAAUCCGUCCUGAGCCAAGCCACCUCUUCCCCCGGUCUUUCCCCCGCCAAGGGUGAGGGUGCUGUGCCCGCUAUGCCUUCGCCGUCUCCCCAGCACGCGGGCGCAGACCCAGACGACAUGCUCGCCCUCUACGCGGCCCAACGCGCCGGCGCCCUCUCCCCUCCCCUCCCAUCCUCCCCUUCGUCCCCAUCGACCACCAGACCCAACAUGGCCAAACAACCGUCGUCCAUCAAGAUCCCAUUUUUCUCCAAGAAGAAUGCGCCCAACUCGCCGGCGGCGUCGGCUUUGAGCCAGGAUGUGGGGGGCGAUGGGGGGGAGGGGGAGAGGGGCGCGCCGGUGGAGAUGAAGAGUUAUGUGCAUUUGAAUAGGGGGGAGGUUAGUGCGGAUGCUGUUAAUGCGCUGCCGAAGCCUGGGCCUCGAGGGGGCGAGUAGGUGAGGUGGUCCGUAAUGGAGGAGGAGGAGGUGUGGAGUUUUUCAGUGUAUUUCUUUUCUUUCCUGUUCUCGUUGGCUUGAGCUGUGUCUAGUAUCAUUCCAUAUUUCUCUCAUGAUCCAUUUUUGGUGGAUCUUUUAUACCUUCGCGCUGUGUAUGGACAAUUCUUUUGCUUUUCCUCCUCUCCCCUCUCUCUUUUUUCGUAUACCACAACGACAAAACUCCAAAACAAACAAAAAACAAUACCGAAUUCCUCAUCCAACAAAUCACCUCCUUCUUCUUGAAUAUACCUCUUUUCACUACGUGAUUAUAUUUCUAUUCUAUUCUAUACUUGGGGCCCAGCUGGACUAUCGGGCGAGAAUUGGGUCUCUUUCCUUUUGCUUGCGUUUGCGUUUGCGUUUCAUUAGGGAUCGAGGUGGCUGUGAGGGUGUGUGGGGUGAAGAGGGUGUGAGGAGGGAUUUUGUGCGUAUCGUUUGACAUUAUAUAGUUGUGCGAUUUCCUGUUGAGCUACGUAGUUGGGUUAUGGAAAUCUUUCUAUCUAAUCUCUCAUCAUUUGUGGCCUUACCAAGGCAGUUUUUAUUCAUUCUUGUUACUUUUGGGGAUUCGAGGUUCGGGUCCAGAAGAAGGCCGUCUGGAGUUGGAAGAGGAGUGGGUGAGUGGGAUCUACGUCCACGUGGGAAAGGGAAGGAUGGCUCUGGAAUUGGAUUUGAUGUUUGAGGAGGUAGCGAGGAGCCCAAGGCCCAAGGUCCCAAGUGAUCCAAGGUAGACGUCGGUUGUACUUUCAGUUCCUCGCCAACUCUUGCUUGUUGAGCGAUGAGCGAUGGGUGGUGAGUGAUGGGUGAAGGGUGAAGGGGUGAUGACGAUGCGAUCAAACAAUCAAACCACUGCGGAGGACCUGUCUUCUGUCAUCUGACGGGACAAGGUACGGAACUAUGUGAGACGAUUGAAAUGACUGAGGAAUCUAGCUGAUAGGUGAUGGAGUGGUGAUGGAUUGGCUUGAACACAGUGAUGGAUUGGCUUAAACGCAGUGAUGGAUUGUCAUGUACUGUUGUACGAGUACAUAGCGUUUUGCGCUCUUGGGGUAAACGUUCGGAGGUCUCAGAGGUCAGUGGAGAGAGGUGGUGAUCCAACAACAAACAGAAACAGAAGAGAUACACGUACAUAUGUAUGUAUAGAUGAG